UGGAGCAGCUGUUUGCAGGUUAUGCAUGUUCAGUGAUCGUUGAUGACAUCAUCAUCGGAGGCUGUGAUGUUGCUGAACAUGAUGCAAACUAAAAGAAAGUGCUUGAACGAGCAAGAGAGGUCAACCCCAGACUGAAUCUAGCAAAGAGCAAGUUUCGCCUGGAUCACACUGGCUAUGUGGGUCACAUCUUCACAAGUAGAGGCCUCAAAGCAGACCCAGCUAAGACUGCUGCAAUCACGGACAUGCGUUGAGUGAAUGCGUCGCUCUGCAAUUCACCACCAUGCCGCUAGGGGGUGUGGCUGUGUGUAUGUGCGGUUUCAGAGGGGUCACAUCCGAAUCCUCGUUUAUCUUCCGGUCACAGUAAACAAUGGCAACCUAGAUGGAGUGGUUGUGUUUGGAGUUGGAGCUCAUCAAUAUCGACAGACAAAUUCUUUUGUUGCAAAUGUGGAAGCGCAGGUGACAGGGAAGACGUUUGCUGAGGUGGUCUGUACGACCACUAAACGAGUCGUGGCUGAGAAUGGGUGAAUUUACCACACUGGUUCACCCACUGAGGACCCUGGAUGAAGAAAUGCACUUUCGCUACUUCCGAAUGUCAACGGGCUGAUUUGACGAUCUUCUUUGCCGUAUACAGCUGUUGAUUUUGCACCAGCCAACGCACAGUAUGCCAGUUGAUGUUGCCCAGAGACUGGUGGUGACGUUAAGAAUUUUAGCCUCGGGUGAAAGCCAGCAAGCUAUGACAGCUAGCUACAAACUGGUGUCAAGCACUAUGUCCUCCAUCAUGUCUGAGGUCUGCAAAGCAUUGUGGACAGCGCUUCAGCCAGAGUUUUUGCCAUGUCCUUCAACCAGCCAGUGGGAAGCCAUGGCAGCAGAUUACUGGCAGUUGUGGCACUUCCCAAACUGCAUUGGAAGUCUCGAUGGCAAACACGUCAUCAUGAAAGCACCAACACAUGCAGGGAGCGACUACUUUAACUACAAAGGGAUUAACUCCAUUGUGCUGAUGGUAACGUGCGAUGCAAGGAGUGGGCAUGAGCAUGGACAAACAGGUCUACAACUACUGCCACUCCAGUGCCAGGCGGGUGAUUGAAAACACAUUCGGCAUCAUGGCUGCGCGGUGGAGAAUUCUUAGGAGACCAAUAGAGUUCCAGCCUGACAAAGCUGUGUAUGUUGUCAAAGCCUGCCUGGUCCUACACAACUACCUCACCUAC